AUGGCGCGCGGAGCAGCAAAUGGGUCUUACGUGGACCACCAGUCUUUAUCGCGGACUAUUACAGGAAUGCGUCGAUGGUCUAUCAUCAACAGAGAGCUACCAGGUAAGGCACCUACUGCGUCUUUUCCGUAUGUUGGCGGGGAUGUUGCUGACCUUGUUUGCCCGCGACUUCUAGCUCCGCCGCAGGUCAAAGCGAUUCACGUCUAUGACUUCGACAACACAUUGUUCUUAAGUCCCCUUCCGAACCCGCAGCUAUGGAAUGGUCCGAGCAUUGGAUUCCUACAAGCCUACGAAAGCUUCGCAAAUGGAGGAUGGUGGCAUGACCCCAACCUUCUGUCUGCCACCGGCGACGGUUUAGAAAAAGAAGAGCCUCGCGCCUGGAAAGGAUGGUGGAACGAGCGAAUUGUACAACUGGUGGAGUUGAGUAUGAAGCAGAAAGAUGCAAUUACAGUGCUCUUGACCGGUCGCUCAGAAGCUGGGUUCUCUGAUAUUGUCAAGCGCAUUGUCGAUAGCAGGAAGCUCGAGUUCGAUCUUAUUUGCUUGAAGCCCGAGGUUGGGCCAAAUGGCCAGCGGUUUUCGUCAACUAUGGACUUCAAGCAGAAUUUCCUCUCAGACAUUAUCCUCACCUAUGAGAAGGCUGACGAAAUCCGCGUCUAUGAGGAUCGUCCAAAACAUGUGAAGGGAUUCCGGGACUUCUUUGAGGCGCUUAACCGGAAUUUCCAGACAACAAGCGGUCCUGACUCACGGAAACCUAUCAAUGCUGAAGUUAUCCAGGUUGCUGAAGGGUCUGCGUACCUGUCCCCCGUAAUUGAAGCUGCUGAAGUGCAGCGUAUGAUCAACUCUCACAAUGUUGCAACUCGCAACCCAGCGCUGAAUAUGACAAAAUCGCCGUAUGGUCGGCUCAGCAUAAAGCGAACAACCUACUUCACUGGUUAUCUCAUCCCAAAUGCAGAUUCCGACCGCCUAAUCCGACAGAUAUUAAACCCAUUGCUGCCCCAUGGCUUGGCUGACUCAAAUGAUCUGAAGUAUAUGGCUAACAGUAUUUUGAUCACUCCAAGGCCCGCAAGCCGUUCAAUCCUAGACAAGGUUGGCGGUAUCGGCAAAAAGCUAAGCUGGGUUGUCACCGGGACUGGCAUCUUUGAAAACAGAGUCUGGGCCGCCCGGUUGCAGCCAGUUCCAGGUACAGAGAAAUACCAUACAGAAAACAGAGUCCCGUUUGUGGUCCUAGCAAUACGCAAAGGAGCUCGACCUGUGGAUGCUUCAAAGAUCCAUAAUUGGCACCCUGUCCCCAGUGAUAGGGCCAUUGGGGUUGAGAGUGUCGUGGGCGAAAAGGUCGUCCUACGCAUUGAAGAAGAUGGCCAAAGUGAUGAGCAGUUUAUGAAUAGGUCUGGCAAGAGACGCCAUCAGCAGGAGAGAGACGAUGAUAUUCUCUAUCCCAGCCAGAGCAAUCCCGAAGGACAGUCUGGUCGUCAGAACCACAACCACCGUGGUAAUAACCGCCAUGGGCAUGAUGAUGGGCAUCGACGAGGAGGCUAUCGUGGCCGCGGCCGUGGCGGCGGUGCGCGCGGUCGUGGAAAUCCCCGUGGAGGUGGCCGUGGUAGAGCCCGUGGUCGUGAAACUGGCCAUCCAGCAUACUAUAAGUCUCUUGAUGAUCAUUCUGCGAUUGAGGGGGGCGGUGGCGGUUAUGAUGAGAGGCCGGGACCUAUGAAUUAUUAG